GACACAAAAACACUCUCUCUCUCUCUCUCUCUCUCUCUCUCAAAUAAAUUCCCCGUCGAGGCUGUUGGCUUUUAAAUUUGAACUCUCUCUUUCUCUCUCUAAAAUUAUUCUCUUUAUUCACCAUCUUUUCCAAUCAGAACCUAAACAAAGCCACGAAGGUGAUAGGUCCUGUUUGAGAACAAAGCUUCAAUGCCUUCAGCAGUCUCGCCUCCGUGGCAAGAGAAGGCUAGCGGUUUCUUUUCUUCCUCAGGGGUGAAGAUUAAAUCCGCAGGUCAAUCGGCCGGAACAUUUGUGGGGGAGGUUGCAAAGGAUGCCAAAGGCAAUUUUACAGAUGUGGCGGAACGCGUUGGCACGAUGGUGAAAAGCCGGUGGGCGUUCCUUCAGCAGCCUUCCACGAAGCAGGCCGUGCAAGAACGCCUUAUAUCCGCGGCUGCUACCACCGGCACAUUGCUUAGGAAAGGUGUUGAGGAGACCAAGGACAAGGUUGUCGUUGGAAAAACUAAAGUUGAAGAGGUGGCAAAGAAGACUGCACAAAAAAGUAAGACUAUCUUGACGGACAUUGAACGAUGGCAGAAGGGUGUUGCUAGUACCGAUGUAUUUGGAGUUCCAAUUGAGGUUACGGUGCAACGGCAACAGUCCAGCAAGCCUGUUCCCCAUAUUUUGGUCAGAUGUGCAGAUUAUCUCAUAUUAUCAGGAUUAAACUCACCAGACCUUUUUAAGUCUGAAGGAGAUAAAAAAGUCAUUCAACAGUUGGUUUCAAUAUACAACCAAGAUUCAAAUGCAUCAUUACCAGAAGGAGUAAAUCCAGUUGAUGUAGCAGCUCUAGCUAAGUGCUACUUAGCUAGCCUUCCUGAGCCACUAACUACAUUUGAGCUUUAUGAUGAGAUCAAAGGUGCUCGUUCUAGCAUUCAUUCAAUGAGAAACAUACUGAAGAGGCUUCCUAGUGUAAACUACAUGACCCUGGAAUUUAUCACUGCUCUGCUACUCCGCGUUAGCCAGAAGUCACUUCUUAACAAGAUGGAUGCCCGGAGCCUUGCCAUGGAAAUGGUUCCUGUUAUUAUCUGGCAGAAGGGACGGAAACCAGAAUUCUACAGGCAAUAUUGGAAUCAACCAUCCAAAAUUCCUUCCAAGAACUUGGAUCAACCGCCUAGUUACAGUGCAUGGGACAUGCUUGCUGAAGAGGGUGAAAGUGUUGAUGCAUCUUCUCUCAUUCCCUUGGAUGAUGGCGUGCCGACUGACUUUGGUGCUAUUGAAGUUGUUCAGUGCCUUAUAGAACAUCAUAAUGCAAUUUUUACGGAUGCAAAUGUGACGACUUGGAGAUGACUUACAAUGACCCUACCUCAUCCAGCAGGGGAUUUAAUGAGUAGAAAUAGUUUAGCCAACUAUUUCUCAAGGUUGAAAUCUUGACUGGUCACAAGGGUCAUUGCUCUGUAGUGGAUGUUACAUUCCUUGAUAAAGCUGAGACCAUUGCUGGAUUUGGGUCUAUAUGUUUAUAGUGAUCAGGGAGUACUGAAAGUUGGAUUUAAAUGAGUCUUGGUUUUGGCAAUAUUUGCCCCUUUGGAAAUGGAAGUGCACCAUGCAUAUAUUUUUAGAAGAUCAAUCAGUCAAAUACUUUACAAAUACAUAUCUUGUAGGUGUGAAAUUCUUGUGGUGUGAGUACAGUUGGAAUGAUGAUUUAUAAGUAUGCAAGUAAUACAUUGUAGACAGAAGUAAUUGUAUCUGAUUAUAGGAUUGAUCUAUGGUGAAUUGGCUUGUCUAUA